AUGUACCACACGGGGGAUUGUUUGGGGGAAGCCACCUCUGAGCUUGUUAACACAGCUCUCGAGACAGCAAGCCGCGUCCUGGACGUCAUGUCGGACCCUGCCCGAGAUGAUCUGCCUCUGCUGGCCAACACCAGCCACAUGCUUGUGAAGCACUAUGCCCUGGAUGUAGAUGUAGAUUUCGAAAACCAAGUCAUUGAGGGCACUAUCGUGCUUUUCCUUGAGGACGGAAGUGGAUGCAAGACGCUGGAUGCAAGACAUUCCACCAUGGAAACCUGCCGGCCGGAGUCAGGUGAGGCCUUUCCAUUUAGGACACCUAGUCCCGGCCCUGGGCUCGUGACGCAUUCAAGGACUGUCUCCACUAAAAUGGCACAUAAUGAUUUUACAAUCUGUGGUAAAGGUGAAAAAGCUACUUAUGAUGAAGAUGGUAACCAUGGCAACCGGGACCAGGCCUCUGAGACUUGUAGCUCCAAAAAGUACCGUUGUGACACAGGGAAUCAUGGGAGGGAGGAUUUUUGGCUCAUACUGGACUGCUGUGAUUUAUCCGUGUUAAAGGUCGAGGAGGUGGAUGUGGCUGCUGUGCCAGGCAUUGAAAGUUUUACAAGGUCUCCCAGGCUCGCCACGGGCUCCCAGGAGCUCAGGAAGGAGAUUGUACGUGAACUGGUGUCUCUGCCCGCGGGUCGUUGGCGGGAGCAGUUCGACUGCUACGCUCGCUGCAGCCAGGCUCCUGGCUGUGGAGAACUCUUGUUUGCCACUGACGCCUGGAGCUUGCGGGUCAGGAAGAGAGGGGCUCAGACCGCUCCUGACUUCCCUCACGCCAUCAGGAUCCGGUACAGAACCAAACCCGAGGGGCAGUCCGUGACGUGGACCUCAGACCAGAGCGGCAGGCCAUGUGUUUAUACUAUGGGAUCUCCCAUAAACAACAGGGCCCUUUUUCCAUGCCAGGAGCCACCGGUUGCCAUGUCAACAUGGCAGGCUACAGUUCGAGCAGCUGCAUCUUUUGUUGUUUUAAUGAGUGGGGAAAAUUCUGCCAAGCCGACACAAAUUCGAGAAGGGUGCUCAAGCUGGCAUUACUACGUAACCAUGCCGAUGCCCGCUUCCACAUUCACGAUUGCAGUGGGAUGCUGGACUGAAGUGAUGCCCGAGACACGCUCAUUGGAUGAUCAACCGUCACAGAGCCCCUUCCCGUCUUCCAAGGCCGACUCCAGAUGUGCUGGUGUUUGCGGUCACAUGGAAUACCCCUGCCGCUUUCAGAAUGCGACUGCCACCACUCAGAAGGUCAUUCCGCAUAGAGUCUUUGCCCCAGUAUGCCUCAAGGGUGCCUGCCAAGAGACCCUCCUGCCGCUGCUCCCUCCCUGCCUCUCAGCAGCACAUUCUGUCCUGGGAACACACCCGUUCUCCCGCCUGGAUGUCCUCAUCGUCCCUGCCAACUUUCCGAGUCUAGGGAUGGCCAGCCCCCACAUCAUCUUCCUGUCUCAGAGCACCCUGGCGGGCAGGAGGCAGCUCUGCGGGACCCGCCUCUGCCAUGAGAUUGCUCACGCUUGGUUUGGCCUGGCCAUUGGCGCCCGCGACUGGACGGAGGAGUGGCUGAGUGAGGGCUUUGCCACCCACUUGGAAGAUGUGUUCUGGGCCAUGGCACAGCAGCUGUCCCCCCACGAGGCCCAGGAGCAGCAGGAGCUGCGGGCUUGCCUGCGCUGGCAGCUUCUGCAGGACGAGCUGCGGAACUCCCCCGAGGAGAUGCAGGUGUUAAGACCCAGUAAAGAGAAGACUGGCCACGUGAGCGAGUCAGGAGCAUCUGUCAUCAAGCAUGGCCUCAACCCAGAGAAGAUCUUCCUGCAGGUCCAUUACUUAAAGGGCUACUUCCUUCUUCGGUUCCUUGUGAAAAGACUUGGAGAUGACACCUAUUUUUCCUUCUUGAGGAAGUUUGUGUACAGGUUUCACGGGCAGUUGAUUCUUUCCCAGGAUUUUCUUCAAAUGUUGUUGGAGAACAUCCCAGAAGAAAAAAGGCCCGAGUUAUCUGUUGAAGGCAUCUUCCAAGACUGGCUUGAGACUCCUGGAAUCCCAAAGCCGCUGCAGAGGGAGCUUCAGGCCGGGGAGGAAUGCGGGCUGGUGCUGCAAGUGGGCGCCGAGGUCUCGAAAUGGAUCCAAGUGAACCGGAGACCCCGAAAGCGGAAGCGAAGGGCGAACGCCGAGGUGUUUGCAAAGCUUCUCCCAGAUCAGCUGGUCUUGCUUCUGGAACGGCUCCUGGAACUGAAGACCCUGAGCCCGCACACCCUGCAGAGCCUCCAGAGGACCUACCGCCUCCAGGAGCAGGAUGCUGAGGUUCGUCACCGCUGGUGCGAGCUCGUGGUGAAACACAGGCACAGCAGGGCGUACGGGCAGGUGGAGCGCUUCCUUCAGGAGGACCAGGCCAUGGGCGUCUACCUGUACGGGGAGCUGAUGGUGAGCGAGGACGCCAGGCAGCAGCAGCUCGCCCGCAGGUGCUUCCAGCUGGCCCGGGAACAGAUGGACAAGUCGUCAGCCAAGGUGGUGGCCGAGAUGCUGUUCUGAACAGGGAAGACAGCAGCCAGCUUCCCUUUGCUGACCACUGACCCUGGAUGGCACAGCAAGGGGGGCGGGACCCUGCCUGCCUUGGACCCCAUCUGCCAUGCAAGGUGGCAGGCGGAGCAGAGGCCAGCAGCUGUUAGCACACCUGUCGGCACCUGGAGACACCGAGCCGCCUGCACGCGUCUCCACAGCCCUGCGUCCUGGGACCCCUGGACUCCCUUGGAUGUCACUGCAAUGCAUUUUCAUACAGUUCUGCUGAACUGUUUUGACCGAUACAUCCAACAUUUGGAUUUCAAGUUUUUAGUGUCUUUUAAAUUAUUUUUUUGUAAAGGAAUCUAAACUGUUCUAAUAAAAGUGUAAUGGAUUUGG